AUGAAUCAAAACUCUUAUCCAUUGAAAUUCAAGAAUGCAUAAUUGCACCAAAGAGAUAUCGAUUCUUUGAAUAAUAAACAAUGGCUAACAGCUGAAGCCAUAUAUUUCGGAACUCAAUACUUGAUCAAGGAAAUACCAAAUGGAAUUUCAGUGCUUGAUCCUUCUAUUGCCACUUUUCUUAUAUUUGAAAAUGAUUUUGAAGAUUUAAUGUCUGUGUAAUAAGAAUUGGUAAGAGGAGAAGGCAUUAUCACAGCAAUAAACGAUUGUUAGAAUCCUAAUGGCACACAUUGGGGAGUGCUGUUAUUUUAUGAAUCUUAAUUUUAUCUCUUCGAUUCAGGAUCGAAUUCAGAUUUAUAAAGUAGUGCUGAAAUGAUUGCUAAAAAAAUGUUGGCAAUAAUAAAAAAUGAUGAGACAUUGAUCUAAAAAGACAUUUCAGUUAUCAAAUUCAAUGGAGUGCCAAAACAAACUAAUUCUUAUGAUUGCGGAGUAUAUUCAAUUGCAAUCAUUCAGAGAUUAGCAGAAUGUAUAAUGAAGAAACAGGAAUGGAAUUUUCAAAAUAUCACUCCUGAUUAUGUGACGAAUAUACGAUUAGAAUUGAAAAAUUCUAUUUAAUAAAUGUUAUAAUGA